AUGGACGCUGCUGUUGAGGAAGGAGUGGACGUCCUCUCCAUUUCUCUUAGCCCUCAACAACCACUUAAACUCUACAAUGACCUAAUGGCGAUAACUUCUUUUAGAGCGAUGGAGCAUGGUAUCGUUGUCAGCUUCUCGGCGGGAAACAAUGGCCCUGAAUACUAUAGUGUAGUGAAUGGGGCACCCUGGGCUCUCACUGUUGGCGCGAGUACUAUGGACAGGCAGUUGAGGGCAACUGUGGUGUUGCGAAACAGACCGAGCCAGUUCUUCAAAGGCCAGGCGGCUUACCAGCCAAAGGGUUUCGCGCAGGAUUUUCUGCCGCUUGUUUAUGUCCUAGACUGCACAAGUGAUGAUUCAUUGAAUAGAAGCAAGGUCACAGGAAAGAUAGUCGUGUGUGACUAUAAAAGUGAUGACACUAAAGCUUCAUAUGCGGUUAAAAGAAGUGGCGGUGCUGCCAUGAUCCUGGUUAAUGUGAAGAAGGUUGAGAAUACUACAUUCGCGGUAGCUAACUCACUCCCAUCUGCAAACAUCGGUUAUGCGGAUGGUCUCGAGGUUAAAAAAUAUAUAAACUUAACGGCGGAACCCAAGGCCAAGAUAUUUUUCCAGGGAACAGUGUUUGGAGACGAUGGUGCACCAAUGGUUGCUGCCUUUUCUUCCAGAGGACCCAACACUGCAAGUCUUGGGAUUUUGAAGCCGGAUAUUUUAGGCCCAGGUGUAAAUAUCCUGGCAGCGUGGCCGAUCUCACGCGAAAACAAAACAAAUGUGAAAUCCACAUUCAAUAUGAUUUCUGGUACCUCUCAGGCAUGCCCACACCUCAGUGGAGUGGCAGCGCUGCUCAAGAGCACACAUCCUGAUUGGUCACCCACUGCAAUCAAGUCGGCCAUCAUAACCACAGCGGACGUUCUGAAUCGUGCAGGGAAGCCCAUCGAGGAUGCAAAUUCUUACGAAGCCGACAUCUUUGCAACUGGUUCAGGCCAAGUGAACCCACAGGCGGCAAAUGAUCCAGGGCUCGUGUACGACAUCAAAUCCAAAGAUUACAUCCCUUACUUGUGCGGUUUGAACUACACAAACGCACAAGUCCGUAUGUUUUGGAAGCACAACAAGGUGGAUUGCUCGAGGGUGAGAAGCAUACCUGAAGCCCAGCUAAACUAUCCGUCCUUUGUCCUUAAUUUCAUGGGUGGUGAGCCGGUUUCUCAAAACUAUACUAGGAAGGUAACAAAUGUCGGCUUCCCUAAAUCAACUUACAGAGUGGUUGUUGGCCGCCCAGUUGGCAUCAAAGUUGUUGUCGAGCCCGAAACGCUCCAUUUCACAAGGUUGAACCAGACAAGGCAGUAUCAGGUGACGUUUGAACGACUGGCAACCGCACCCAACAAGUCAUUUGUUCAAGGUUUUCUAAUAUGGUCUUAUUCUAAGUACACUGUUAGGAGCCCUAUUGCAGCUAUACUGCAACGGCGGCAAUCAUGGAACUGA